CGGGCUCAUGGCCUGGAGCAGCAGCUUUCAUCGAUCGCGGCCGCGGCCACGCGGGCCGCCGAGCGCGCCUGCGCGGGCGACCGGGUGUGGAUCCUCAGCGACGAGGAGGGAUUCGUCAGCGAGCUCCAGCACCGCGCCUCCGGGCUCAUGAUGAUGAAAGGGAUCCCCGGCGGAGAGGACCUGGAGCUGGACGACGCCGUCUCCGCGGGAGACGUGGUCCUUGCGGGCACGCAGGACAACGCCACCGAGCGGCAGGGGGCGCUGCUCGACGGUCUCGCCGAGCGCGGCGUGGCCGUCACCCUGAUCGGCUCCGCCCACUCGCCGCUCCGUCCGAAGGCGGCCGCGUUCGUCGACACCGGGCUGCCGGCGGGCAGCGCGCCGGUGCUGCCCUACGGCGAUGCGACCGUCUGCCCCCUGGCCAGCGUCCUCAACAUCUCCGCCGGGUGGCUCUGGAGCAUCGAGCUGGCCAACGCCUGCGCGUCGCUCGGCAAGGCGCCGGUGUUCCUGAUGAGUGGUGGCCUCGCCACCGGCAGGGACCGCAACCAGCAGCACGAAGGCAAGGCCUUCCACGACCCCGGCGAGUACACGAUCGUCCCGUCGCCGGCGGGUCAGAAGGGGCGCGAGCUGCUGUCCGAGUGGCUCCGCUGCCUGGUCGGCAUCCGCGCGACCGAGCUGGGCCGGAUCGCCGAGAUCGGCGCCGUCGCCGCCGCCACCCGCGCGGCCGGGCACUCGGUCUGGUGCGCCUCGAUCGGCCACAACCUGCACGCCCAGCGCGGUCUGGCGGGCGACCCCGGCUUCUUCCGGCUGAUCUUCCCCGAGCGGGGCGAGAAGGCCGACCUGCAGGCAGGCGACUUCUUCAUCUUCAACGGCUACUACACCUUCCCGGACGACGAGCUACCCGCCGCCCGCGCGACCGUGGAGCGGUCGGCAUGGAUCCUGGGCGGCAAGGAGAUCGAGACCAUCUACCCCCACCCCGGCGAGAUACACGUCAACGCCUACUGGCGCUACGGCGACGCCAGCAUCAACCUGCCGGGCUACGACGUCCGGGUCGUGCCUCCGUCCGGCGUGCUGACCACGGCCAUGCUCUGGCUCCUGCACGCCGCGGCCGCCGACCACAUCCCCGCCUGA